AUCAGGGGAAGGUGGCUUCUGUUUCUCUUUAAUUUUCAACCACAAAAACUGUAAACCAAGCUCUUAUCAUGAACAUGAACAUGGUGGAUUUUCAGUCUCAGUUCUAUCUUCCAAUGGACUGGGAUUGGUUGGUUGAGUUCCUAAAAGGCAUGGUGAAACCAGUGGCUGCCCUUGCCGUGGUUCUCAUUGCUGUCAUCUUAUCUUUCAUGCAAAAUCUGGGUUUGGAAAAAGAGAUGGUUUAUUCCAUUUUCAGAGCUUUUCUUCAGCUUUCUGUCAUUGGGUUCGUCCUUCAGUUCAUUUUUAACCAGGACAACACUGGCUGGAUCCUUCUUUCUUAUCUUUUCAUGGUUUCGGUUGCAGGAUACACAGCAGGGCAACGUGCUAAGCAUGUUCCCCGAGGGAAGUAUGUUGCUGGAGCAUCUAUCCUGGCAGGAACAGCGUUGACCAUGUUUGUUCUCGUUGUAUUAAAUGUUUUCCCUUUCACUCCGAGAUACAUUAUCCCCGUCGCCGGAAUGAUGGUCGGAAACGCUAUGACAGUAACUGGAGUUACCAUGAAAAGACUUCGAGAUGAUAUCAAGAUACAACUGAACCUUGUGGAGACGGCGUUGGCACUUGGGGCGACACCGCGUCAAGCCACACUGGAACAAGUGAAGAGGUCUCUAGUGAUUGCACUGUCUCCGGUGUUGGACAAUGCCAAAACAGUGGGUUUAAUAUCGCUUCCAGGGGCAAUGACAGGCCUAAUAAUGGGAGGGGCUUCGCCAUUAGAGGCAAUACAACUGCAGAUUAUAGUGAUGAACAUGCUAAUUGGUGCAUCUACAAUUAGCAGCAUCAUGUCAACUUACCUCUGUUGGCCUGCUUUCUUCACUAAAGCAUACCAAUUGGAGACUAAAGUGUUCUCUUCAGAUUGAACAGUUCCAAUAUUUUCACUUUUCUGUGUGAAAUUGUAGAAUAUAUAUGUAAGAUUCACUUUUCUUUCUUUGA